CAAUCGCAUCGCAUAAAUCGUGUUUUCUUCUCAUUUGGUUCAAUUUUAUAUUUAUUCCCCAUUUGACAUCCACUGAGAUCGCCGGAGGAGGCCUCGCGACGGCGAAUCUUUAUUAAUUUGCGGUAGGGUUCCGCUCCAAUUUAUAAUUUCCAUUUGUAGGGUUUAGCCGGUUGACAUGGCGUCGGAGGAUGUAGUAGGGAAGACCAGCGCUACGAUCGCUAAUCUCGCCGAAGAAGCAAAGAUUGCCAGUGAAGGUGUCAAGGCUCCCAGCCGCCACGCUUUACUCAGCAUCUGCAAGUCUCUUGUGGCCGGCGGCGUCGCCGGUGGAGUAUCAAGAACUGCUGUUGCUCCUCUAGAACGAUUGAAAAUUCUGCUCCAGGUUCAAAACCCUCACGCAAUCAAAUAUAAUGGUACAAUCCAAGGGUUGAAAUAUAUAUGGAGAACAGAGGGUUUUCGUGGGCUGUUUAAAGGAAAUGGUACUAAUUGUGCUAGAAUUGUUCCUAACUCUGCUGUUAAGUUCUUUAGCUAUGAGGAGGCCUCAAAGGGAAUAUUGUAUCUGUAUCGGCAGCAACCUGGAAAUGAGGAUGCUGAACUCACCCCUCUCUUACGUCUUGGAGCCGGUGCAUGUGCUGGAAUAAUUGCCAUGUCAGCAACCUACCCCAUGGACUUGGUUCGUGGUCGUCUUACUGUCCAGACCGAUACAUCUCCAAGUCAGUAUCGAGGAAUUGCCCAUGCUCUUAGAACAGUACUACGUGAAGAAGGUCCACGCGCAUUAUACAAAGGCUGGCUUCCUUCUGUCAUCGGUGUCGUCCCGUAUGUGGGUCUUAAUUUUGCGGUGUAUGAGUCUUUAAAAGACUGGUUGGUUAAGUCGAGACCGUUUGGGUUGGUUGAGGGAACGGAGUUGAGUGUGACCACAAAGCUUGCAUGUGGGGCUGCAGCUGGGACGGUUGGUCAAACGGUUGCUUACCCGCUUGAUGUGAUCCGUAGAAGAAUGCAAAUGGUUGGUUGGAAAGAUGCGGCUUCGGUUGUUACUGCAGAUGGAAAGUCAGCACUUGAGUACACUGGAAUGGUUGAUGCCUUUAGGAAAACCGUUCGCUAUGAAGGUUUUGGAGCUUUGUACAAGGGCCUCGUUCCUAACUCGGUCAAGGUGGUUCCUUCGAUAGCGAUUGCGUUUGUGUCGUACGAGGUUGUUAAGGAUCUACUUGGAGUAGAGAUGAGGAUAUCUGAUUAAGGAAAAAAAAAAAAAAAGGAAAAGAAAAGAAAAGAUGAUAAUAAUGUUGGAGAGAAUUGGUGGUGUUAUUUUUGCGAGCAGAAGGAAGGGGUAGGAUUUUUGUUCUCUUCUCUCUCUCUCUUUGACUCUUUGUUAUUCAAUGAAGAGAUGUAGAAGUUGUUAGUGUUGAUAGAGAGUGGUCGACCACUGUGAGUACCCAAUUCUGCUGUGCUGUGCUCUGGUUUUUUGGUGUUUGUCAUUCAUAAUUACACCAACACCUGGCACCCAAUAAGGAUAUUUAUUUGCUACACGAGUUGUUUGUUUAAUUUUAUUAGUAUUAUUUAUGAUCAUGGAUUUUUGCCUUUUA